AUGUCUGUGCGCCCCAUCACGGGCAUGCGUCCGCCGACGACGGGGACGGCUUUCUCUGCCACAGGUUCUUCUCAUACUGGAUCGGUGCGGCCGACGACGACGAUGGGUGGCGGCACCACUCUCGGCCGUAUCCAGGCACAGGUGCAGGAGGGCACGUUCACCUCUACUGUCUAUGGCUACAUCCGCGACCACCAGUACGAAGAGGCGGUGGAGCUACUGGCGACGCAGCUGGAGGAGUUUCCGCGCAGCCGCGCUGCUGUGUCGCUCAUGGCGUACUGCUACUACAUGAUGGGUGACUACGGUGAAGCCGCCAGUCUCUACGAGCAGCUUACGAAGAUCUGCCCCAGCAUUGAAGAGUACCGUGUGUACUACGCCCAGUCCCUGUACAAGGCCGGCGCCUACGCGGAGAGCAACCGCCUGUGUACUGUGAUCACCUCGCCGCAGAAUCAGAUCGCCGUCAAUAAGUUACAGGCGGCCAUCGCGUAUGAGCAGGAGGACAUCCCACAAACGAAAUCAUUCCUCGAGCAGGCCCCGUCGACCGACACAGACAUGCUCGUGCUGCGCGCCUGCGUGCUGAGUAAGGAGGGGAGCCACGAGGAGGCGCUAGAAAAGUUCAAGGAGGCACAGAGCACCAUCGGUUUUUCGGCGGCACUGACGUACAACAUGGCGCUCAUGUACUACAAGAUGGAGCAGUACGGUCCAGCCCUGCGGCACUUAGCUGAGAUCAUUGACCGUGGUGUCGAAGGGCACCCGGAGCUGAACAUUGGCACGAACACCGAGGGAGGCGAGGCCCGCUCAGUGGGCAACACACAACUUCUGAGGGAUACGGCCCUCAUCGAGGCCUUUAAUCUCAAGGCGGCCAUCGAGUAUGUCUCGAAGAACAUGCAGGCCUCGAAGGAGGCACUCACGGACAUGCCGCCCCGCACCGAUGAAGAGCUCGACCCUGUCACACUGCACAACACUGCCCUCAUCAACAUGGACGAGAACCCGACGAACGCGUUCAAGAAGUUCAACUUCUUACUCCAGAACCCGCCCUUCCCGCCCGAGACGUUUCAAAAUUUGCUUCUCUUCUACUGCAAAUACCAGUACUACGACCUGGCCGCGGACGUACUAGCGGAGAACCCGCACCUUGCGUGGCAGUACCUCUCGCAGAACAAUCAAUCGCUCUACGACUUCCUCGACGGCCUCAUCACGGCCCAAACCUCGCCGGCGGAGGCGUACCGCAAGUUCGACGUUCUCGCACAGAAGAUGGUACAGCAGCUGCGCCAUUUGACGCGCCGCAUUCAGGAGGCCGACCAGAGUCAGGACGCGGCGGUUGCGAGGAUGGCGGUGCGCACCUACGACGUCACCUUGGAGGAGUACAUCCCCGUUCUCAUGGCGCAGGCGAACAUCUACUGGGAAAUGGAGAACUACCCGAUGGUGGAGCAGCUCUUCCGCCAGUCGGCCGACUUCUGCUCCGAGAACGACGUAUGGAAGCAGAACGUGGCGCAUGUCUUCUUCAUGCAGGAGACUAAAUUCAAGGAGGCGAUCCGGUACUACUUGCCUGUGGUAGAGGCAAACCGGGAUAGCAUUCUGAGCUGCAGCGCUAUUGUGCUCGCGAACCUCUGCGUCUCGUACAUCAUGACCGCGCAGAACGAGCAGGCAGAGGAGAUCAUGCGCCGCAUCGAGCGAGCGGAGGAGCGGCUGACUUACGAGGACCCCUCCAAACAGCCGCUGCACUUGUGUAUUGUGAACUUGGUUAUCGGAACCCUCUACUGCUCCAAGGGGAACUUCGAGUUUGGCAUCUCCCGCAUCAUCAAGUCGCUGGAGCCAUACGACCGUAAGAUCAUGACGGACACGUGGUUCUAUGCUAAAAGGUGUUUCCUCGCGCUGGCCAUGAAUCUGGCAAAGCACAUGGUAGCCCUGAAGGAUUCCUCUUUCGAAGAAAUCCUCUUCUUCUUUGACCAAGCCGACUUGCACGGCGAGAAGGUUUUCGCCUUCGUCCACCCCGACCCAUCCAAGCAGGACACGUCGCCGCGUAACACCGUUCGUUGGGAGGCACGGCAGCUGAAGAAACUGUACCUGACACUCAAGGAGUGA